GAUUCUUUUCAUGGACGUUUUCAGAACACGGAGCUCGUUUUUAACGCAACCUACAUCGCUUACAACAAAGUCUACGUAUUCAGAUUCACUGAUCAGAGAUAAAUAUGGCAGCGAGUGACAAAAGAAUUCUCUGCGUCGGUGUGAUCUGCUUCGACGAAUUGUUGUACUGUGAAAACUACCCCGUCGAAGAUUCUGUGGAAAUGGUUGUUACUCGAGAACUGAGACCAGGAGGGAACGCUGCCAACAACUGCGCCGUUCUGGGUGAGUUGGGUGUUCAAUGCGACUUGUUUGGAACGCUCAACACUAAUUCACGAUCAGGAAGUUUUGUCACAGAGCAACUGGAGUCAUAUGGUGUCAACCUGAAACAAUGUGAGAUUGUAGAAGGCAAAGAACUACCUAUGUCGACGUGUAUAAUUAAUAAGAGGAAUGGAUCGCGAACGAUACUGCACCACAGUGGCGAUUGGCCUUGGGUUUCAUAUGAGGCUUUUCUUAAAAUAGAUUUGUCGCGGUAUACGUGGAUUCAUCUGGAGGCAAGAAACUUCGACCAGCUGAAGAAAAUGGUUAAAAGGAUUCAUGCAUGGAAUUCUGAAGAGCGAAGACGUAUCCCGAUGUCUUUGGAAAUCGAGCAUUAUCAUGACCAUUGUCUGGAAAUGAUACCCACGGCAGAUCUUGUUAUGGUCAGCAAGGAUUUCGCGAGGGCGCUCGGAUAUAAGUCAAUGUCUGAUACACUGGAUGGACUUCAUGGAUACCUCAAACCUGGAGCAACAUUGGUGGUGCCAUGGGGAGAGCAGGGAGCGGCUGCAAAAAGUCCUGAGGGCGUCUUUUUUGUCCCCGCCUAUCCUCCAGAGCGCGUUCUGGACACGUUGGGCGCUGGAGACACCUUUUGCGCUGCGCUGCUGUCAGCGCUGUCUGGAGGCUACCCACUGCAACACAGCCUGCACUACGCCUGUCAAGUUGCCGGAGCCAAGGUCGGCAUGCACGGAUACCGCGGACUUCGGGACGUUCUCAGGGAGCGUGGUGUACGCUGUCAACACUAGACGAUAUUUUUCUGGGAGUAGGUGACCCGGAGAAGCUCUUUUACAAUAUGGGCGGCACAUAUUCGAGUGACUAAAAAGAGAUUUGUGAUAAUUACAUCGAGAUUAAUUUGCUACAUUUACAGAACUUUAAGGUCUGGUAAUUGUUUCGCUGGCCUACCAUCACACAUCAUAGUUAAAGACGCGAACAGAUUACAUUGCAGCAUAGUUCGAUCCUGAGGUAAAAGGUUUGACAGCAAAUUGUGCAAAAAAUAAUCGUCGCCAAUAUUCAGUAGAAGGGUAGGAGAACUGGUCGGACUUGGUCCAUAUUCACCGGGCCAUGCACCAAUGCAGUGGACUAAACCAGAGGUAUCUCUACAAUUUCUCAUAGAGCGAUGACAUAAAACAAUCAUCUUGGUUGCCCGUCUGCCAGAUGUGGAACAUUAACUUUAUGGACCUCUUGGUCCAAUCUGAGAAGGGUAGACUGUAUACUAGAAUCCGUCAUUAACCAGUUCACUUCCUUUCAUUCCAGACCCAUCUAUGAUAAUACUUGUAGAAGCGUGAUACUAGGGGCACAUCAGUCACUUACUUAUAAAUCGAAUUACUGUGCAAAAGACAGAAGGCUAAGGUCACGUGAAACCUUCUCGUCUCUGUGGCCUGCUAAAUAGCGUUGCUGAAAACCGAUGCAAAGAUCUCAGGUUCAGUACUCGAUAACCUUCUCAAGUUUGUAUUGCAAAAGUCUGUGAAGGAUCCACCCACUUUCAAGAGGCCAACUGAGGAUAUGUUUGAAAUAAAGAGACGAUACAACUGACAUUCAAGAACGACUUAAACCAUGAAGUGGUCACACGACUUAUCUCAGUACAUCGAUAAAUCACUCAUUUACAGAAAAAGAUGGGUCUCCAUGUCCAGCAUUGAACCAAGAAGUAGGCAGACUAUUUCUAUAGAUACUCUAGAUGUCUUUACAGAGCUCCUCAUACGUUCGUAAGGCUUUUAUUAUCUUAAUGAUUUACAUGGCACAUAAAAGUAUAUUGUCGAUAUCGUAGUCUAAAGGUGCAUUAUGACCUGUGCGUCUGCUGUUGACUCAGAAACCGAAAAAGAUUCAUAACUCUUACUCAAGACGUUUGCAUGUCUCAUCCCAGUCACCUGCAAAGAAGCCUGUACACUUUGUUAUUGUUUUGAUGUCCGUUUUAAUACCAGCAGGUCCGUCUGCAGCCGGUAUUGUUUUGCGACAAAUACGAAUCCAAAGAAAGAAGCUUAAGUGCUGAGUAAAUUAUAUGUUCUGUGCUGUGAUACCUGUGUUAAAGUGACUGAACAGAUCAAGAUGUGAAUCAGUGUGUUCAUUAAAACUGUACUUUGCUGCUGGCUAGUGAUUUCGAAAUACAUCGGUUAUUUAUAAAAGCAAAUGAGUCACACAAAGUACGUUUUUAGACUAGAAAAAAGUCUAUGUACAAUAUUUUGAUGGUAACCCUAGCAAGUUGCUUAAGGAAAAAAUAACGUAAUACUUUUAAUAGAGAAGCACAUAAUAAGGAUCAAUGUCGCAGACUUUUUGCAAAAUUGUUAAAAUACUUUUAUUUUAAGAAGUGCCCAACUCUGCUGAGCGAUUAAAAAGGGUAAUAAUUUUAUAUUUUACAUUAUGUAAUUAAUUUUCUUUCAUUAUAUAUCAACUGAUGCAUAAAACCAAAAAGAAAUAUACAUACUGUUUUACUUUCCUAAAAAAAUAGAAAAUACUUACAACACACAAAAAAUAAUGCUUAUACUUUAUUUCAUUGAUCUUUCCCUGUCUGUGUCUAGGCUUUGGAAGUAUCUAGGCCAUUCUAUUAAUUCUGUCUUAGAGUCAGCAUUUCAUGUGGCGUAUAGUGACAAACCUUCUGUACAUUUAAAUAUUUUCCAGUGGUAAGCACUAUGGAAGAAUAUGCGUUUUCUGUAGGAAACAGUAGAGUCUCUACUAGCUUUUUUAGAUGAAAUAAAUCUGUCACUAGUGUAUUAACAUGUCAUCUGCAGGAAUGGUGACAUAAUUGGAGAACACCAUGAAGUAUGUGAUAAUAAACAAACCAUUCCUGUCUUUACGUU